AUGAACAUCUGUGUUCUACUGCUUAUAUCUAUCGUUACCGCCUUUCAAGAUAAAUACUUGAAUCAGCUUAUUUAUAAAUUUAUCUAUAGUAAUGAGCACCUAUGUGGAGAUCCUUUCAUAGAAGCAAAUUGGCUUCUAGCAAUGAACGAGUGCAACAUUGAAUGCGAACCAACCGAAUAUAUUUGCUUAGUCAGCACUUCACAGUCUGAUGUGCAAAAAUGUAGAAAACUCACAUCGGCUUGUACGGCCGGAAUUCGAAAAUAUCUCGGAUGGUCCAUGAAGAAUGAAAGUAUUCAACCAUCAACUACAACUUCAACACAAAGCCCACCGACCAGGCUUUUUGCGACAACUCCUGCUGCGACCAUUAGUCCUCCUGCUGAACAAAAACAAUUUGGUUCAAAUACUCAAUUGGGAAGAAACUCAUUUUAUAUUAAAGAUCUGGAACCAAUCGAAAAUGUGAAUUUCAUUGAUGACCGAUAUGAUGAAGAUGAGAGAGAUUCGAAGCCAUCGUUCGUUGUUGAACCACCAGCAUUUAGCCCGAAAACCUUUUAUACAAAGUUACAUUAUAAAAAUGUGCUCAACAUAAAGCCAAUAAAAAUUAUGAAGGUGAAACCCUACAGCCCACGCCCAAAAAUGGGCUUCACUACUACGUCAGUCCCAGUGCUGAAUCGAUUUGAAAAUGCUCAAGAACUUUUCGAGAAGAUGGAGCUCGAACAAAAAAUGGCGGCAAAGCUUGCCGAAGAAAAAACGUCUCAAAAAUUUGAAAGAGUUCCGAUUGAUGACGAACCGGAAUUUAACGAAGGGUCAGCUGUGAUCGGAUCAAGAAUCGAAAUCAUCCCGCCGUUCCCACCACUCGAUCCGCCGCAUUGGGACGAGCAAACAUCUGGGAAAGCCAUUGAAAAAGAUUACAUUCGCGAUUACAACAAAAAAUGCUGCGAAUGGGCAAUUCAAGGAUUAUGUGACAGCUAUUGGCAAAAAGUUCGACAAAUUUGCGCAAAAAGUUGUAGGUCAGUCGUUUGCGAAGAUGUUGAAGGUGUCAAAUCAUGCUAUCGUUUAAUUGAUGUUGAUAUUGAAGAAUGUUAUCAAUCCAUUCGAUCAAAUCAUUUCCUCAGUCUUCCAACAUAUGAAAAGAAAGACCAAUCGCCUUAUGCAAAUUCUCAUCAUCCGCUGAAGAAAACCAAGUCAAAGAAAUCGAAAAGAAGGCGAACAAAAAAGAAAUUGCUAAAAUAA